AUGGUGCGUGAUGCAGACAGUGGCACUAGACAUGAAUCUGCUCUGGAAGCUCCCCUGGGCUUCUUCUCCGCCACACCCGCCUCGGUCCGGCUCUUUCAAAGUUUCACUCUCGAGCCUCUUCGCAUGACCACGGCGGGACACUACUACUGA